AGAAUUAAAGGCAGCCCAAAUACAGCGCUCCACGAAACUCUCCUUCAUUGAACCCCCCCUUCCACGCUCUCCCGCAUGUAACCCCUCCCUAUUUAUACCACCCAAACAACCCCCCAUCUCUCUUCACAUCUCAAAACCUCUCUCUCUCCUCAUCUCUCUCUCUCUCUCUCCACAAUGGCAGCCUCGACCCCCCUCCUGACCGACGAGCUCGACAUCGUGAUACCCACGAUCCGGAACCUCGACUUCCUCGAGAUGUGGAGGCCCUUCUUCCAGCCGUACCACCUGAUCAUCGUGCAGGACGGCGACCCCACCAAGACCAUCAGGGUGCCCGACGGUUUCGACUACGAGCUGUACAACCGUAACGACAUCAACAGGAUCCUGGGCCCCAAGGCCUCCUGCAUCUCGUUCAAGGACUCCGCUUGCCGCUGCUUCGGCUACAUGGUGUCCAAGAAGAAGUACAUCUUCACCAUUGACGACGAUUGCUUUGUUGCUAAAGACCCAUCUGGAAAAGACAUCAAUGCCCUUGAACAACACAUCAAGAACAUUCUCUCCCCAUCAACUCCCUCGUUCUUCAACACCCUUUAUGAUCCUUAUCGUGAGGGUGCAGAUUUUGUCCGUGGAUACCCUUUUAGCUUACGCGAGGGUGCUCCAACUGCUGUUUCUCAUGGCCUCUGGCUCAACAUCCCAGAUUAUGAUGCGCCAACGCAGCUUGUUAAGCCUCGCGAGAGGAACACUAGGUAUGUGGAUGCGGUUAUGACAAUACCAAAGGGCACCCUGUUCCCUAUGUGCGGUAUGAAUCUGACAUUCGACCGUGAUCUUAUUGGCCCUGCUAUGUACUUUGGUCUCAUGGGUGAUGGCCAGCCAAUUGGUCGCUACGACGAUAUGUGGGCUGGCUGGUGUGUUAAGGUGAUAUGUGACCAUUUGGGAUUGGGAGUUAAGACUGGGCUGCCCUACAUUUGGCACAGCAAAGCAAGCAACCCGUUCGUGAACCUGAAGAAAGAAUACAAAGGCAUUUUCUGGCAAGAAGAAAUCAUCCCAUUUUUCCAAGCUGCUACCCUUUCCAAGGACUGCACAACCGUCCAACAGUGCUACAUUGAACUGUCGAAGCAGGUCAAGGAAAAGCUCGGGAAAGUGGACGAAUACUUCGUCAAGCUAUCUGAUGCCAUGGUCACAUGGAUUGAAGCUUGGGAUGAGCUUAACCCGCCAACCAAGAGUUCUGCUAAACUUGCAAACGGUUCUGCCUAAAGAAAAUUUUGAGUACUGGUGACUUCAUUUUUUUCUUACAGUUAUUACGAGAAUAAACAGUCUUUAAAUAUUGUCUUUACUUAAAACUAUAUUCUUAGUUUUCCCUGAUCCAUUAUUGGGUCUGAAAAUUGAGGGAUGUAGUAUUAUCUUACUUUGUUUCAGUUUUUGAGCUUUAGAACAAUAAAUGAUAGUUCAUUUAGUUUUGGUUA